AUGCCCAACCUUCCAACGACUGCUGGUGAUGUUGUUGAAACCGAUCCUGGCAUUGGCAGGUCGUUGACAAAUGCCCAGGUUCUGGUCUACAAUGUUCUCUUUACAAAGGAUAUUUUUCAGAAAUUGAAACGAUGGCACGAUGGACAGGUCAAAUAUUACAGUUUCAAUAACAAAAUAGAACUAUAUGACGAGACAAAUGCUCUUUUGCUAGUCGAGUUUGUGAAGAGUCACAGGCUUUUGGCUAUUGAUAAUCGGUUUGUGAAAAGUUGUUAUUUGAUUCAGAUUACAGACUUAAUCAAUCACUACGAAAGGGACAUUUCUAUGUUUUUUGGUAACAAUAUUGGUCAGGAUAACAACAAUCACUCAUCCAGCAUAGAUACAAAAACUAACCAGAAAAUUACUAGUCCAGUCCAGAAAAUUUCAUUUUUAAAGUUCCCAAGACAACUACCUUCAGAAAAUCAAAAGCAGCGAAACAAUUUACUUUCAAACCGAACUAAUAUUUCUAAAAGGAAAAGCAAUAGGCCAAUUGAAAUUUCAAAAAAUCUGUAUACAACUAAAAAUGCAACUAUACCUACAACUAAAACUACAUCAAAUAAUAAAAACAGAACAAUAUCUAAAAUUUCAACCCCAAUAAAGCAAACGAUUCCUUCUAUCAAAUUGUCUUCAAACAGAAAAAGAAUUCCAAGAAUAACACCAAAGUGCUAUGUGACACCAAUAUCAAUUCCUCCCAUUGAUCCUUUGAAAACUUUUUUAUCAUUAACAAACAGUUCUAAAAGAAAAAAAAGCGUUAGCAAAGUUUGUAAAACCUCAAAAAAGAACCCUCAGAAAAAUAAAUAUACUGAUAUCAGAAUAUCAUUAGCUAAUGCGUCAAUGAACAAAGCUCUGAAUAGAUGCGAAUUUAUUGACGAUUCUCAGGUUAUUUUUCAAAAAGAGGAAAUUGUACUCAACAAAAGUCAAAACAAACCAAUUUUAAAUCAAAAUAAUAAAUUACUGGAAUUACCGAAAUUACCUAAAAAGGUAAUUGAUAGUGUGAAUCAAAACGAUAGUAUAAAUUACGAAAAUAUUUGUGAAAUGAAUGGUAAAGACAAACUAGAUCGUAUAUCCAUGCAACUUAAGAAUUAUUUAUCCAGUCAAACUGGAAAUCGUCCUGCAAGUUUGGCUUCAAAUAUUUUAAAGGAAAAAACUCAAUUAAACAAAAACCAUAAAAUAAACGAUAAAGAAAAUCUUAGGGAAGAAAUCAAAGAUAAAGUUAUAAAAAUUAUGGACUUGGGAGUAAAGAUCAUGACAUCAGAUAAAAUAUUGAACUCUGAAGGUUUUUCAUCGCCGUCAAAAGUCAAAGAUAUUGACACUUUAUUGUCUUUUCCUUUAAAAGAUUCAAAUUAUGAAAAAGAAGAGAUUGGAGGUUUAGAUUCAAAUAAUGAUAUUAAUCCAAGUUCAGAUUGGGGUUUCGAAAGUCAAAUUGAAAACAAACAGACAUCUCCAGUAAGAAAAAAGCCCAAAAUAAUGAAAUUAAAUGGGCCACCUCGUCCUAUAGAUAUUCCAUUGAACAUACUCCGAUCUCAUUCCAGUACAAAAGAAUCGGAUGGCCAUAGUUCAUUUUCAUCCUUCGAGGAAGUUGGUAAUAAAUUGUCUGCGCCACCAGUGCCAAAAGUUAUUAAAAUAAAACAGAAAAAUAACGAAACUAUAAUACCAAAUCCAUAUGUUAAUUUAAAAUUAAAAGAACAAUUACCAGAAAAAACUAAAAGAAAAGAAAAAAAUUAUAAACAGCAAAGUUUUAAGUUCAACGAACUGACAGUGAUAAAAUUAGAACAUCAAAAUGAGAAAAUUACCGAUCUACCUCAAUUUUUGAAUGCUGAUAAUAAUAAUAAUAAUAAUAAUAAUAAUAAUAAUAAUAAUAAUAAUAAUAAUAAUAAUGGAUUUAAAAAUAAUUUAAUAAAUAAUAAUGAUCAAGAUGGAGGGUCGUACACGCAGGAUAUUAAAACAAAACAACUCAAACUUCAAUGCAUUUUGGAUUUAGCUAAAAGACACAACAGUAUUAAUUAUGAUGAUAAUGAACAAAAUGAUGUUUAUAAACAAUUUCCUAUGAUGCCAGUUGAACAAGACUCUGUUUUUGCUUCAGGAAAUAAAAUAGACCAAAAGAUGCCUAAUUUUGCUCCUAGAAAUCAAAGUACUGAUCAAACGAGGCCUAUGAUUUCAACAAAAUCAAUUAUAAGUUCAUCAAGAGCUCCAAGAGGGGCAAGUUAUUUUAUGAAAAAUAGUAAAUCAAAUGUUAAGAAAAAAAGUGUAAUAAAUCAAUUUAACUCUCUUAUAAAAAAUGAUAUACACGACAACAAUAUAGAAGCUAAUAAAUUAGAAGAUACUGAAAAUGCUGUGAAAAAUAGUUCGGAAUUAUCAGAAAACGAGUUAUCAGAACUUGACGAAGAUGAAAUUCUGGAUUUUUCAGACGGUGAUACUUUAAUGAAAAAUCACAUUGAAAAAAGCAAUGGGCUAUCAAAAUCUAUUAAAAAUUUUCUCAAAAGUAAUCAAGAAUUUGCAGUUAAUAGAGCAAGCAAAAGAAAUGUGAAAAAUAAUAGGAACAUGACACAAACAAAAACGUAUAAUUAUGGGAGGUCUAAUAAAAAUGGUGUGUCAAAUCGGGAAAUUGGUUUAAGUUUGUCCAAGAGAAUGCUAAUAAACAAUUUCUCAACAGAAAAGUCUGAUUCAGUUUCAGAAAAUAUUUAA